GUCGACAUACAAAAAGAGUGGCUUCGGUCUCUGGACCUCACCAUUUAACAAGUUUUUUCUUUGUAUUCUUUGUAAAUUGAACGAAUACCAAACCAAUCCUGAAUAAAAACCAAUAAAAAUGCUGGUUAUAUGAAUUGUGGUGAAAUAGAAAAAAAUAAAUAACCAUCUCUAAGUUCCAUAAUUGGAAGUUCUCUUACAUUGGUGCCGUAAAUCGAAAGGAAGGAAAAAUUGAAAAAAUCGAUCAACUUGUCCAUUUUUUCGUUUGUUGGAUCUCAGAAAAAACAUCAUUAGACUUGUAUUGGGGACACUGGGAUAAUGGAGAACCAAUUAAGCAGAAAUAGUUGAUAGUUCAUCGUCGUCGUUUCUUACGCAGAAUCCCUUCCGUGCAUCGGCAUCAUUUACGAGAUUCAUAGGGGCGCAUCGGCAGGCGGAACACAUACAACACCAACACAAUUCACAUAACAUACACCUUCAAGACUAUUGGAGCGAUAAAGGAUCAUAUAAUAUUAACAGCAACAACAACACUACGAAACAGGCUAAGUAGUAAAAGUUAAAAAACAACCAAAAUAUAGGUCGGAUCUCAUUACAAUAAUAAUCAUAAAUAAUCGCAACUACUACAACAGCUUUAACAUAUAGGAAAAUAUGGUGGGUUCUAAAGCACAACAGCAACAACUUCAACAGCCAAGUACUCAGCAAUCUAGUAGCAAACAUCAUCACCUUCAUCACACAGCACAGACUGUAACUCAAACAGCAGCUAAACAUAGCCAUCAUCAUGCCGCUGCGUCACCCGCAACAUCUGUCAAUUCACCGUCAUCACUAUCGACCACCAGUAGCAACAAAGACACAUUAAAUGGCACAAUAGGUGGUGGCGCUGGCAGCAUGGUUGAGAAUCCAUCAAACCAAAUGUAUUCUUCACCCAGGAGUGUGAACAGCAGCAGUAUUAGUAGCUGCUUCAGAAAUAAUAGCAUCAACAAAAUUAGUAUAAAUCCAUUUCAUUCACUUAUUGGAUCGCACCCAUCCGUUUCAUCGUCAUCGACAUCCAUUGCUUUUGAUGCGAACAUAAACACUGCCUUAUUAAGCAAACAAAAAUAUGCCCAAAAUGAUUACAGGAACAAACAACCACAGAAAUCCCAGCCGCCAGCAACGUAUGAUGGUGAUAAAGCGGAUGGUGCCAUCAAAUCCAAGGAAAGCCAAUCGUCAUUGUCGUCGUCAAACACCACACAGAACACAACAUUUCCCACUCACUACAGCAGCAGCACAACAAAAGAAUUGCUAAAGAAUACAAAUUCAAAAUCAAUACCCACAAAUACUCCAACAAAACCAGCCUCUGCCAAUAAACAUAUAACGAAGACCACAGCCGCGGAACCUGCGAAUGCAGAAGCAUCACCCACGCAUACCAACGGUGGUGAUAUUCAGGCCAAAUCCGUAAGCAACGCCUUAGUUCCCCUUACAGCCACUCAAAAUAGUCUAUUCUCAUUCCACGAACAAAUCCUUAUGUCUGGCCAGCAAAAGAGCGCCUUGGCCGAAAAGCCCAAGCCCUUGAUAGUGUCACCGCAGCAGGUCAUGGUGCUAUACAUGCACAAAUUAACGCCCUAUGAACGCACAGAAAUAUUGGCGUACCCGCAAAUUUAUUUCAUUGGCGCCAAUGCCAAGAAGCGCCCCGGCAUUUUUGGUCCCAAUAACUGUGAUUAUGACAAUGAGCAAGGUGCCUACAUUCAUAUACCCCAUGACCAUGUGGCAUACCGCUAUGAAAUGCUCAAGGUUAUCGGUAAAGGCAGCUUUGGUCAGGUUAUCAAGGCGUAUGAUCAUAAAACACACGAGCAUGUGGCUCUUAAAAUGGUGCGCAACGAAAAACGUUUCCAUCGCCAGGCACAGGAAGAGAUUCGUAUACUACAUCAUCUUCGGCGUCAAGACAAAUACAACACCAUGAACAUUAUCCAUAUGUAUGACUACUUCACUUUUAGGAAUCACAUGUGCAUCACCUUCGAGCUGCUAAACAUAAAUCUGUACGAGCUAAUCAAGAAGAAUGGUUUUAAAGGAUUCUCCUUACAGUUGAUGCGCAAAUUUGCCCACUCUUUACUGCAGUGUCUGGAUGUUUUAUACAAAAAUGAGAUUAUCCAUUGUGACAUGAAGCCCGAAAAUGUUUUGUUGAAGCAGCAGGGACGUUCCGGCAUAAAGGUCAUUGACUUCGGGUCAUCCUGCUAUGAAAGUCAACGCGUGUACACAUAUAUACAAUCGCGGUUUUAUAGGGCCCCAGAGGUUAUUUUGGGGGCAAAAUAUGGGCGACCUAUCGACAUGUGGUCAUUGGGUUGCAUCCUGGCUGAAUUAUUAUCGGGACGUGCUUUAUUCCCAGGCGAAAACGAAGCAGAUCAACUGGCCUGCAUUUUGGAAGUUUUGGGUAUGCCACCCAAGCAUUUAUUGGCCAAUUCAAAACGUGCCAAAAUGUUCUUCAACUCUGAGGGAUAUCCACGUUAUUGCACUGUUCGCAAUAUGUCAGAUGGAACUGUGGUUCUUGUUGGAGGACAGUCUCGUAGGGGCAAGCCCCGGGGACCACCUGGCUCCAAGAGUUUAUCAAAAGCCUUGGAUGGUUGUAAUGAUCCAUUGUUUUUGAAUUUCAUAAGAGGUUGCUUAGAAUGGGAUCCAGAAAAGCGUUUAACCCCAGCUGAGGCAUUGAAACAUCCUUGGCUGCGUAGACGACUGCCUAAACCUCCAAGUAGCCAUCCCAAUGCCAUAAGCGGUAGUAGUGGUGCCGGUAGUACUUGUGAUGAGAAAUCUCCAAUUAGCGCAAAUCCGAGCAGUGAUAGCGGCAGAGCCAGUGGCUCCUCUGCCAAUACGGAUAUUCGAAAAAUUAGCCAUACUAAAGACUGCUUAGCCACACUCACCGCCAUUGGCACCGUGGGGCCCUUGGUGUCAUCAUUAAUCUCAUCUCAACAACAAUCCACAGACUCCCUGUGGGGCCAUCAAACUUCGAGUACAUCUCACCAAAACGAUGCAGGAACUAGAACUUAUAGUAAACUAUCAACCACCUCCGAAUUUUUGGGUGCGUAUCCGGAUUCCAACUUAAUCCUACUAUCAUCAGCAUCGAACAGCAACACUCAACAGAGACGUGGCAGUGACAGUCACUCCCUCUCUUCCAAGGUAGCAUCUAAGCAAACUGAUGAAUAAAUCAAUCAAUUGGUAGAACAGAUAAAAAAAACCAAGAAGAUACAGAACAAAAGCAACGAUUUUCUGUGUGCGUGUGUGUUUUAGCAGCAACUCGUGUGUCGUAUUUAGUUUAACUUAACGUCGUAUGUACAGUAUUUAGUUUGUUAUUAUUAUAAGUCUGAAAUUGUUCAUUCGAAUUAGUGUGUUCAUAUAGAUUAAAAAUAUUAUGAAUGUCGUCGUCGUAUGAUUUAUUAUAGUUAUUACAUAUUAAUAAUAAUAAUAAUUUUCAUUAAUAAAUAUCCACUAAUUCUGGAAAGCCUUUCAAUUGCAAGACAAUUUGUAUGUUUUGUUUUCAAUAGAAAUUAAGAAAAGAAUAGCGCGUGCGAGAAACAUCAAAAAACAUUUUGUAUUCAUUAAAAAUUAAUGUUAUAACUAGAUUACGAGUUCUACACCGUAUUUAAUUGAAACAAGAAAAAGCUUUUGAAUUUAAAACAUUUAUGAUUUACUUUAAUAAAUCGGCUAAUUAUAAUUUUUUAAAAAAAAUAUA